GGAACCUUGGGAAAUGUAUUUUCAGUCGACGUUUCAAGUGACGUGAGAGAGAAAUAAACACAGCGCAAAGAUGGCGGCUGACAGUGAUCCCGAGUGUGAAGUGUUUGAGAUUACAGAUUUCACUACAGCAUCUGAAUGGGAAAGAUUUAUAUCCAGAGUUGAAGAAGUGCUGAAUGACUGGAAACUGAUCGGUAGUCGUGUUGGAAAACAUCCUGAGAAGGGUGAAUAUACCAGCGGCACCUGGGAGGAAACGUCUCAAGAGAUCAACUUUGCUGAUUUUAAGUUCUCCAUCGCACAUCACUAUCUUAAACAAGAGUCAGCAGAGAAUGACUGCAGGAUUGAACCAGAAGAAGACGCGAGUCCGCUGGGUAUGCAGGAUCUGAUGUCCAUGAACAAUGACUUUCCUCCACGAGCACACUGUCUGGUCAGAUGGUAUGGUUUGCGUGAGUUUGUGGUGAUUUCUCCAGGGGCGAACUGUGAGGCCAUUAUUAGCGAGUCCAAAUGUAACCUGCUGUUGAGCUCAGUGUCCAUCGCUCUGGCCAACACAGGCUGUCAGGUGCCUCUGUUUGUACAGAUCCAGCAGAAAUGGAGAAGAUUGUACUCGGGUGAAUGCCAGGGACCCGGUGCCCGAACUGACUUUGAGAUGGUGCAUCUUCGUAAAGUCCCAAGCCAGUACAACCACUUGUCCGGCCUUCUGGACAUCUUCAAAAACAAAAUUGGCUGCACGCUGACGCCGAUGCCGCCCAUCAGCAUCGCCAUCCGCUUCACGUACGUCCUGCAGGACUGGCAGCAGUGCUCGUGGCCUCAGCAACCUCCAGACUUUGACGCUCUUCUCGCCGGGGAGGUGGGCGGAGUGGAGUUCGGCAAACUUCCUUUUGGUGCCUGUGAAGAUCCGAUCAGUGAGUUGCAUCUUUCAACAACAUGGCCCAACCUGACUGAGGGAAUUGUUGUGGAUAAUGACGUUUAUUCCGACCUGGAUCCGCUUCAAGCUCCUCAUUGGUCUGUUAGAGUGCGGAAAGCAGAGAAUCCUCAAUGUUUGCUGGGGGAUUUCCUCAUGGAGUUCUUUAAACUGUGCUGUCGAAAGGAAACCACGGAAGAGAUUCUGGGAAAGAACUCGGUCGAGGAGGACGGGAAAGAGAACAGUGACAUCACGCAAGCAUUGUCUAAACUGACUGAGCCAACGGCCGUGCCCAUUCACAAACUGUCUGUGUCCAACAUGGUACACAGCGCACGCAAGCGAAUACGCCGACACCGGCGAAUCGAGGAGUCGCCUCUGAGCAACGACGUGUUGAAUUCAAUCCUGCUGUAUCUCUUCCCAGAUGCAGCCCUUGAUAAACUUGAUUCUGGUGAUGUCAAAUUCACACAGCACAGUCCUGGCAGAAACACUCAGAAAGACAAAGACUCUGAAGAUUAUGCUUUCUGUAAUCAGCUGAAAUCGGCUCCUUCAGACAGCCUGACGUAUCGUCUGGCCUUGUGCAUGUGUUUGGUCAACAUCUAUCACGGGGGAGUGCGAGCGGUCGCUCACCUGUGGCAGGAGUUUGUGUUGGAGAUGAGAUACCGCUGGGAAAACAACUGUCUCAUCUAUGGACUGGCGGGUGGUGCUCCUGAUCUCAGGUGUUGUCUUCUUCAUCAGAAACUUCAGAUGCUGAACUGCUGCAUCGAACGCAAGAAAGCAAGAGAUGAUGGGAAGAAGACCGAAGGGGCCACAGAAAGGAAGCGAGCGGGGCCUGAGGUCGUCGGGCCGCCGGUCGGAUCUGUGGAAGUUUCACCCGGAAAGUCAUGGGACUCGUGGAGCGACAGCGAGGAUGAGUUCUUUGAGUGCCUGAGCGACACGGACGAGAUGAAAGAGGAGACUGAGAAAACCCCCAAUAAGAGUAAAGCAGAGGGACGUUUACAGCCACACGGAAAACUGACGCUGAUGAACUCACACGAGCCUCUUUACAUCCCCAUCACACAGGAGCCUGCACCAAUGACUGAAGACCUGCUGGAGGAGCAGUCAGAGGUCCUGGCCAAACUGGGUACAUCAGCUGAAGGGGCUCAGCUCCGGGCUCGCAUGCAGAGCGCCUGUCUGCUCUCAGACAUGGAGUCCUUUAAGGCAGCGAACCCAUGCUGCUCUCUGCAAGAUUUUGUGCGCUGGUAUUCCCCAAGAGAUUACGUGGAAGAGGAAGUGACCGAUGAGGCAGGCCGGACGAUCGUUCGGGGCGACCUGAGCGCCCGCAUGAAGAUCCCGGGUAACAUGUGGGAGGAGGCGUGGGAAACGGCGAAGGCCACGCCGGCACGACGACAGAAGAGGCUGUUUGACGACACCAAAGAGGCUGAAAAGGUGCUACACUAUCUUGUGGUGCAGAAACCGGCUGAUCUGAUGAGACAUCUGCUGCCCUGUGUCCUACAUGCUUCUUUUCUUAAAAUAAAGGAUGAAGAGUCGACCGAGGACAUCCCGUCUGUGCGUAAAACCAUCCAGCAGGUGACGGCGCAAGCCAGCAAACUUCUGCACCAGCCGAGUCCUGACAUCAAGAAACUGGAGGAUGUUAUUAAUCAGAUGAUGUCGCUGGAGGCCGUCAUCGCUCGUGCUCGCUCACUCAAGGCAAAGUUUGGCGUCGCCGGCCCAGAGAAAGACGACUGUGAGGAACUGGAGAGGUUUGUGAGCUGUCUGUUAGAGGAACCAGAGGUGUCUGUUAUUGGUGCAGGUCGAGGUCCCGCUGGCAAUAUCAUCCAUAAGCUUUUCGUCGGCUCUCAGCGGUUGGCUGACUGCAGUGAUGAGGCCGCCCUGUUGUCUCCAAUGGAAGAGGAAACUGCUGGAGUUACAGAUGACAAAAAAGCCGUUGUGGAUUUUCCAGCCCCUGCCGGACGGGAAAUUCUGCUCCGCACCUGCGUGCCGCGGCCCGCCCCGUAUUCCAAAGCCCUGCCGCAGCGGCUCUUCUGCGUGCUCACGCGGGAGGAGUUUCGGCUCGCCGGGGCCUUUUCCUCCGACACCUCUUUUUUCUAAACUCAUUUGAUCGUCUGUUGUUGCUGAACGCUUUUAACUUGGUUAGUUAAUUUAGUGACGUGGGACACGAGUUAAAAUAAGAAGUAAACUUUUCCAGAGUGGUGAUGCAGACGCUUCUGGUAUUGUUUGCAGAGGGUGAGGGUUGUCAUCACCUCUGGUUAGAUGUUAAAAUGGUUUAUUUGUGGUAUCACACAUGCUUACAAUAAUAAUAAUAAUAACUUCCCCACUGUGUGCUUGAUGGGAUAUUCUGAGCAGGACUUUUACAAUUCAUUUACAAAGCUUUGCCUUAGGAAAACAACACACCAGCCCGUGUGUUUAAUGACAGUAUAAGUAUAACAACACCCACAGACACACAUAUUAUCAUUCAUUCAUUUAUCCAUUAAAUAAAAAGAAAAACCACUGAAGAAGUGAGUGACAUCCGUUCAGUGUCAGUCUAUCAUUCAGAAAUGUCAUCACGUGAGCUUUAUGGGCCAGAUAUCCAGACAUGUCUGUCCACCUGUGAUGAGAUUCUGAUGAUUUUGUCAGCGAUCGACAACAAACUUUGUGUAAUGUCACGGGAAUGAAAACAAUAAACUCUCUGAGCAUAAACUUGUCUCAUGU